UCUGUCACAUUUUGGGGGCGUAGCGUAAGCGUGCGUAACCACCAACCAGUCAAGUGCAUAUACCUCUAUAUCGUACUAGGUUAUAGACGCUGCUCGUGAAUUUGGUGAUUUUAACCAGAAGUUCAUUCUUCUUUGGACAACGGCCACGGCUCUUUCAUUACACUAGCGUCAUCAGGAAGUUCAGUCAAGCGUGACGUGUCUUGUCGUAGUGUUCAGCGAUUAUUAUUCGGCGUAUUAUUUCUUCAUUCUAAUUCCAAUAACACCUCGUUACUGUGUUUGACGGCGUCUACCGAAAGUUUAAUUCAUCAUUAGUUAGUUGCAUUCUGGAUUCAAUUUUCUGACAAAUGGAGGAAAAAGCGGGAACAAAAUACGCUGAAGUUCCACAGAAUGAGGAACAUGCCGCUAAAGACAAGGAUCAACCUGAGGGAGGCGCUGUUAGGCUUCAAGCCAAGAUGAGUCUCAUAAACGGCGUCACCGUUAUCGUCGGCAGUAUCAUCGGUUCAGGGAUCUUCAUUUCUCCAACCGGUGUGUUGGUUCAAACGGGAAGUGUGAAUAUGGCUUUGAUCGUUUGGAUUGUCUCGGGUAUCUUCUCGAUGAUUGGAGCUUACUGCUAUGCCGAGCUGGGAUGUAUGAUAAAGAAAUCGGGUGCUGAUUAUGCUUACAUCAUGGAAACGUUUGGCCCUUUCUUGGCAUUUAUCCGUUUAUGGGUUGAAUGCAUGAUUGUGAGACCUUGCUCACAGGCUAUUGUAGCCUUGACCUUCUCCAUUUAUAUUUUAACGCCUAUGUUUCCAGAAUGCAGUCCACCAACAGAAUCGGUUCGAUUAUUAGCUGCUGCCUGCAUCUGUCUUUUAACGUUUGUCAACUGUUGGGACGUGAAAUGGUCGACUCUCGUACAGGAUACAUUCACAUAUGCCAAACUAGUGGCAUUGUUCAUUAUCAUGGGAACUGGCGUCUACCAACUUUGUACCGGUCACACUGAAUAUUUUACAUUCGAAAACACGGAAACUGACAUUACGAAGCUUUCUUUGGCGUUUUAUUCGGGAUUAUUCGCCUACAAUGGUUGGAAUUAUCUGAAUUUCAUUAUUGAAGAGCUUCAAGAUCCUGUCAGAAACCUACCUCGCGCUAUUGCCAUUUCUCUCAUUACGGUGACUGUUACUUACGUGUUUACAAAUGUAGCAUUUUACACUACAUUAUCUCCCCUUGAAGUGCGAGGGUCUACUGCAGUUGCGGUGACUUUCGCCGAACGCCUGUAUGGGCCUAUGGCAUGGAUCAUUCCCGUGUUCGUGGCGAUGUCAACAUUUGGAGCUGUCAAUGGUGUAUUAUUAACAUCAUCUAGAUUGUUCUAUGCUGGAGCUUGUGAAGGACAAAUGCCGGAAAUUCUUACCAUGAUUCAAGUUACACGGCUGACCCCCACUCCUGCUGUCCUGUGCAUAGCGAUGCUCUCUCUCAUUUACUUAGCUUCGGAUAACGUCUACAGUCUUAUCAAUUACGUUGGAUUUGCAACCUGGUUGAGCAUUGGCUUAGCAGUAGUAUGUAUCCCAUAUCUGCGAUGGAAACGUCCUGAUCUUGAGCGCCCGAUUCGAGUUAACCUCUUUUUCCCCAUUAUUUACAUUAUCGCUACAAUCUUCAUCACGGUGGUCCCGUGUAUUGCAUCUCCUGUUGAUACGGGAUACGGAGCGUUGAUUAUAUUUACGGGCGUUCCCGUAUAUUUUGUGUUCAUUUAUUGGGAAAACAAGCCACACUGCAUCCGCAAAGCUCUGGCCUCAUUAACUGUCACCCUACAGAAGAUGAUGGUUGUAGUCAGCCCCGAGUGACUUUUUUUUUAAACCCUAUUUCUUGCUUUCACCGUAUUCAUGCAGAAGAUUAUGGUCGUGGUUGGAGCUGAGAAACCAGCGCAGGUGUAAAGCUGCUCAUCUUCCCACAAAUGAUUGAUCUGGUUCUUGGUUUUCCAUUUGCUUUGAUUGUGUUUGGUUAUUUUUUUUUUACUGUUAUCUGUUUCUAAUCAAUCAUGGUUUUUCAUGUUCAGAAACCGGUAAUGUAAGGUUGAUCUCUUGUUGGAAACAGUCAGUGAGUCUCAUACGCAUCUCACACGUUAUAUGUUUACAUAGGUUCUUAUGUUUAAUAUUUCGAGAUUUGCCUAAAAUGUUAGCCGGAUGAAAAACUGUCUUGAUUUGGUUACCAAAGAUGUGCAUCUGAUCCAGAAAAUUUGCCCUGAUAUAAAAUGUUCCCCGUCUUAACAAGCAAAAAUUUUGUACUGGGAUUCGGUUAUUUGAACCCAGCUUUGCACUCUGUCCCGCACAAUAGCACCUCACCCAGUCUUUAGCUCACACUGCCUCGGGGUAACAAAUUUUAGCUCGAGUAAUUUUCCUGAAAUUUGCACGGUGUAAAGUUAUAAAAACUGGGACUCACCACCUACAAGUGCCACGGAGUAUGACAAAGCAGAGGCCUUCGGAUACACUUUAUUCCGCUCACAAUAUCAUACUUUCUCUUUUCAAAUUGCGCAUUGUGAUUAAAAAACAGUUAAACACGAGUGAAUGUUUGAUUUAUGGUUUUGAAACAUUUGAUUGAACAAAUUUAGCUGUAAAAUCAAUGGUCAAUAGCUUAUCAGUAAUUAAUGAGUGUAUUUAUUUACAUUAUUUAUUUAUACAACAGCUUCUUCAGAAAAGUAUUACACUACGGACAUCUUUUUA